AUGCCUUCAGUAGAGACGAAACCCAGGACUCUUUAUGACAAGGUCUUUGAUGACCACAUUGUCAAUCAACAAGACGAUGGCACCUGCCUUCUCUAUAUCGAUCGCCAUCUCGUUCACGAGGUGACCUCGCCUCAGGCUUUUGAAGGCCUCAAGAAUGCCAGUCGCAAAGUUCGCCGGCCCGAUUGCACCCUCGUCACUGUUGAUCAUAAUAUCCCCACUAGCUCUCGAAAGAACUUCAAAAACGCCUCCGACUUCAUCAAAGAGACAGAUUCUCGUCUGCAAUGUACGACACUGGAGGAAAAUGUCAAAGAUUUCGGGUUGACCUACUUUGGCAUGGGCGACAAGCGCCAGGGUAUUGUCCAUGUCAUUGGGCCCGAGCAGGGAUUCACUCUGCCGGGCACAACGGUCGUCUGCGGUGACAGCCACACGUCUACACACGGCGCAUUCGGCGCCCUCGCCUUCGGCAUUGGUACCAGCGAAGUCGAGCAUGUCCUCGCCACCCAGACCCUCCUCACUCGCCGAAGCAAAAACAUGCGCAUUCAGGUCGACGGCGAGCUUGCUCCUGGUGUAACCUCCAAGGAUGUUGUGCUCCACAUCAUUGGCGUGAUUGGCACUGCCGGAGGUACCGGUGCUGUUAUCGAGUUUUGUGGAUCCGUCAUUCGCGGCCUCAGCAUGGAAGCCCGCAUGUCCAUGUGUAACAUGUCUAUCGAGGGCGGCGCCCGUGCGGGUAUGAUCGCUCCCGAUGAGAUCACCUUUGAGUAUCUGAAGGGUCGUCCUCUUGCUCCCAAGUACGGUAGCGCCGAGUGGAACAAGGCUGUCAAAUACUGGUCUUCUCUGAAGUCGGAUCCGGAGGCCAAAUACGAUGUGGAUGUUUUCCUCAAUGGCAAGGAUAUCAUUCCUACGAUCUCUUGGGGUACCUCUCCCCAAGACGUCGUCCCCAUCACUGGCGUUGUUCCCGGACCCGACGAUUUCGAGGACGAGAACCGCAAGACCUCAUGCAAGCGCGCUCUCGAGUACAUGGGUCUCACUGCCGGUACGCCGAUGAAGGACAUUGUGGUGGAUAAGGUCUUCAUCGGAUCCUGCACCAACUCACGUAUCGAGGAUCUGCGUGCUGCGGCGAAGGUCGUUCAGGGCAAGAAGAUUGCCGCCAAUAUCAAGCGGGCUAUGAUUGUCCCUGGAUCGGGCUUGGUCAAGGAGCAGGCCGAGGCCGAGGGAUUGGACACAAUCUUCACUGACGCCGGAUUUGAAUGGCGCGAGGCUGGUUGCUCCAUGUGUCUUGGCAUGAACCCCGACAUCCUCUCACCCAAGGAGCGUUGUGCCAGUACUUCUAACCGCAACUUUGAGGGUCGUCAAGGUGCACAGGGCCGUACCCACCUCAUGUCCCCAGCCAUGGCUGCCGCUGCCGCGAUUGUUGGCAAGCUUGCCGAUAUCCGGGAGCACGUUGUUUCAAGCCCCGUUACCGCUAAGGUUCAACCUCAGAUUGACGUUCAGCCCGAGGUGGAUUCGCCCGAGACCGAGGACGAGUUGGAGCGUGUUCUUGAUCUGCCUGCUGACAAUGAGCCCCACACAAAUACAUCUGCUGGCACCAGCGCUGGGCUUCCCAAGUUCACUGUCCUCAAGGGCACUGCAGCACCCCUCGACCGUGCCAACGUGGAUACCGAUGCAAUUAUCCCCAAGCAAUUCCUGAAGACCAUCAAGCGCACUGGUCUGGGCUCCGCCGCGUUCUACGAGCUCCGGUAUCAUCCUGACGGAUCAGAGAACCCCGAUUUCAUUCUGAACCAAGGCAUUUACCGCAAUUCCAAGAUCCUUGUCGUGACUGGUCCCAACUUCGGAUGUGGUAGCUCCCGUGAGCACGCGCCAUGGGCCUUGCUGGACUUUGGCAUCAAGUGCAUCAUCGCCCCCUCAUUUGCCGACAUCUUCUUCAACAAUACGUUCAAGAACGGCAUGCUUCCUGUUGUUGUGUCUGACGAGGUUGCCUUGAAAAAGAUCGCCGAUGAGGCCCGCGCCGGUCGUGAGCUUGAAGUCGACCUUGUCAACCAGGAGAUCAAGGAUGCUCAAGGUGCCAAGAUUGUCGCCUUUGAGGUCGAUGGAUUCCGCAAGCACUGCUUGACCAACGGUCUUGAUGAUAUCGGUCUUACCCUUCAAAUGGAGUCCAAGAUUCGGACCUUUGAAGCCAAGCGCAGCCUGCAGACUCCUUGGCUGGACGGCAGCGGCUAUCUCCGCCGUGGUAGCCGUGGUGCCACGAAGAUUGAGGCCGCUCCCGUCCCUACCACUAACCGUGGCGACGUCAAAGCCGAGCCGCUGGAGUGGUAG